AUGAAGAAACACUUUAAAAUUGUCCAUCUUAUAAAAUUACAAGUGUUGAUUCUUCUUCACUUGUCUGCCAUAGCUUACGCUACAAUAUGUGACAGCGGUCCAUGUGGACCUGGACAGUAUUUAUCCUCUGACACACAUAUUUGUUUACCAUGUCAAGUAGGAACAUUCAUGAACCACAGCCAACAUAAUUGUUCCAGUUGUUACAGGUGUUAUAAACCUAUUCAGGCAGAAAACGAGAUAACAUUGGGACCCUGCACCAGCCAAAGCGACACGGUUGCGGGAUGUAAGUCUGGUUAUUUUUUAAGGCCAGAGGCUCAUGCUGACUCCCCCUUCUCUUGUGAGCGCUGUGGACAGUGCAAAGAAGGCGAGAUGGUCAUAAAGAAGUGUUCAAACUUUACGGAUACCAAAUGUGGCCGC